GUUGACAAAGUUAUUGCCUCCUGGCUUAAUGACUUCGUAAUUGAUUUGCAUUCGAUGUGCCACAUUGAUUGGCAAUUGAAACGUAAGCCCAACCACACACACAGGACUGUUAGUCAUCCUGCAACCCCAUACCCAUUCCCACUCCCAUUCCCAUUCCCACUUGGAGCCGUAAUCAUUGUCACCGUUGCUAAUCAAAGCUUUGCCGAAACUUUGUCGCUGUCAUCAUGUCGCUGUCUGCGGCGAGCCGUCGUCGCUUUCAGACAGCUGGAACCUCGAACGGAACAUCCGGCAGCUCGAGGAGCGCCUCCUCUGCGCGCUUCCCACUGCCGCUGCCCGCCAGUGUGCGCAAGCAGCACUCCUUCAUCGAGCCCGCCCCGAAGUACACGGCCCAGCAGCGGGGCUAUCUGUCGCGCGGCCUCUCCGUCGGUCGCUCCAUCGAGAACAUACGCCAGAAGCUCUAUCCCGUGAGCCGCCAGACCACCCUCGCCGUCGAUGCACCGCGCGUGACCUCCAGCCAGAGCUCGCUGCGGCUGCGGGAGAAGAGCCUGGUGGCCUGGUCCUCCACGUCCUCGCUGCUGAAGCCCACGCUGGACCACCACGAGCCGGAAGGGCACACGCCGGCCGAUCACGCGGACCCAAAGAGCAGCGUGAAGGCGGACAAGAAUCGCAUCAACCUGAACAUUGUGCUGGCCCAGACGAUUCGGGCCACCAACGAGCAGGAGCCCAUACCCAGUGACAUCGAUAGCGCCACGGAGAGCUGCGAGCAGCCGCCCAGCCGACCGCCACCAGAGCAGGCAGCAGCUGCCCACGGCCCCUCCUUGAGUGUCUCGCCCACAGCGCUGACUGUCCAGCGGCGGCCGCCCCUGGUGCGUGCCAUGUCCGCUCCGGUGCGGGGUCUGGACGAAAACAGCAAGAGCGUGAUUGCGGCCAGCAAGCGGAGCCAGCAGAAGCUGCGCCGCCGCAAGAUCUUCACGCGCACAGGCUCCUCGGCGGCUGGCGGGGCCUCGCCCACAGGCGGCGUCGAGGGUUCCCCACUGGGUGGCAGUGACUCGUCCAAGAAGACUCUGGGCCGGACACGCAGCGUUGUGGCCCCCGACGUCAUCACGCUCGUGUCGCUGCUGAGCUCCGAGGGCAGCGACUCGGAGCGGGAGGACAACCACUCGGCGAGCUCCACGCCAGGCGGCGGAGGCGACAAGCAGCCGCCGGGAUCCGCGCAGCGCAGUCCCCAGAGAAGGGCUCCGCUCCUGCGGAAGACGGGCAAAUCGGUCUCGUUUCAAGACAGCUAUCCGCCAACCUUCCAACUGGCGUCCAAGGAGUACUCGCACAUGAUCCGACGCGGCUCGAUAGCCCCCCUGGCAGCCCGGAUUCGCGCCAACCGACCGCCGACGGCGCCGCCCGUGUCCAUUUUUCUGAGCGAAGGCGCCGCCAAGUCGGAUCAGCCGUCGAGGAAGCCCAUGCAGGCCAUGCAGGCCAUGCCGGCCAUGCAGGGGGAGCCAAUAGGCUCCGAUUCUCCGUCCAACAUGUCGCCGGAGGAGGCCAAGAAGGAGAACAACAACAACGCGGCCAACUGCUCCGAGCAGCAGGACCACAACUAUCCGCUGUACGUGCGCAGCAUCAAGGAGCGCGAGUGCUGGAAGCUCUACCAGAAGAUGUGCGCCAAGGGCGUGAGUGUCAGCUAUGACACGGUGCUGCGCGGCAUGCUGACCCCCACAGAGUUCCGGCACUUCCAGAAGCAGCGCGAGCAGGAGGAGGCCCGCCUCCAGGAGGAGGCAGAGGCCGCCGAGGCGGCGGCAGCGGCAGCGGCAGCGGCUCUCGAGGCCAGCGAGAAGGAUGCACGCAAGCUGCCGGCCACGGCCAUCGAGCGCCUCUCCGAGUCGCUGCUCGAGAGCAAGUGAAGCCGGAGGAUUAGUUAGACAUGGACAUGGACCAUGAGGUGGACCAUUACUAUUGCAUUUGCCCCCUAGUGGACGUAGAAGUAGCCCAACUUGUGCACUCGUUAAGCCGCCCUUGCCCCACA